AGCACGUGUUUACCUUGUAUAUUCUCAGAAUAAAAUGAUAUGAUUCAAUUUCGAAGGGAAUACAUCUAAACUCAAAAUCCGCAAAAAUGGCUACAAAAGUGGCUCUCUACCCGUCACCAAAAACCGCCGAGAAGCCAUUGGAUAAUCCAUUACCCCAGCUACUCCAAACACCAUCUGGGCUUGCUCUGCUGGAGAUGCAAGGGACGAUCAACACACCCUCUCCUCCUGUCCAAGAUGAAGAUGACGAGUCGAACCAGCCAGGAAGCUACGAAACGCCAAUCGGUCGCCUUGUCUUUCCCGGCUACGAACCAGGGACGUCAGAAGGCGGAGCGUGGCAGAAACGCGUCUACCUCUAUGUAGGCAUGCAUCAGCGGCUCACGGGAGAGGUCAAGAAACUACCAAAGGCUAUUGCUAUUAUUCGGAAACGUGCACCCUCUGAAACGGAAGGCACUUUGAAGGAUGGGUCAGGUGCUGAGGAGCUGGAGAUUGUGGAUAUUGUGAAAUGGAAGAUCAUCUUCUCGAACCGGCCGGAGCCAGUGGGAACUGCUAUCGUUGACGUUGUUGUUGAUGCUUGAAGAUCAUUCUUGUGGAUGCAUACUACGCCAAAGAAUGGAAAGCAGAGGAAAACCGUAUUCGCCAAGGAGGGGUGUGUUGUCCUAACGCAUCAGCCGAGGACAAAGGGACUGGCUCAGCUAUCAAGCCGGUAUGCAGCGCGAAUUACGGUGACAAUACGCGCUGCAGCCUCAUGCAAAGAACAGGUCGUGCCGCCGUCUUUAGCCACAUGGCAGCAGUUACGGAGUGGCGAUGAGAAGGAAUGCCUUUGGAAGUGCCAUAGGCGUAUCUCUUGUGAAAUAGAUCGAUGGGCUUGAUAGCAGUGGCAUAGAAAGAAGA